CCCUGUUCUCAGGUGCUCCAAAAUGGAAUACAAUUCAUUAUCUAAAGAUUUGAAUAUCUUUGAGGGAUUUAUAUUUCUAUAAAUAGUUUUUACCUAUGGAGUAGCAAUCUGACAGUGAUUGAGAAGCACUACUUGAUGUCAAAAUGGUCGUUCUGAAAUACCGAGGCUUCUGUGCACCAGUGUUUACCGCUUUCCGAGAUGAUAUGUCCAUUGAUACGGAUAUCAUCCCAAAAUAUGCUGAGUUUUUAGCAAAUAAUGGAGUGGAUGGAGUAUUGGUUCAGGGCAGUUCCGGACAAAGCAUGUCGAUGACUGUCCAAGAGAGAAAAGCACACGUGGAGGAAUGGUCCAAGGCGGUAAAAAUCACCAAACAACAUUUGAUGGUCCAAGUAGGCGGGUGCCCCUUGCCUGACGUCAUCGAAUUGGCGAAACACGCCGAAUCCAUAGGCGUUGCUGCGAUUCUGUGCCUUCCUGAGCUGUAUUUCAGGCCGACGACUAUCAGACAGCUGAUCAAUUAUUUGAAGAUUGUUGGUGAGGCUGCCCCUAAUACUCCACUGCUUUAUUAUCACAUACCGGCAUGGAGCGGAGUGAACUUGAAUAUGGCAGCGUUAAUGAAUGAAGCCGCCUCAGAACUUCCAACUUUCCAAGGUAUCAAAUACUCCACUGUAGAUCUGGAAGGUGGCGUUGCUGCUCUGAAAGCAUGUAACGGGAAAUACGAGGUCUUCCUUGGAACAAAUACGAUGAUGGCAGCUGCCUGUGCAAUGGGAUUCAACUCCUUCAUUGCAACAACAUUGAACUUCUUGCCUCAAUCAGCAUCCGGUAUCAUGAAGGCAGUGAAGGAAGGUAGGAUGGAGGAAGCUAGAAAGAUUCAGGAACAGCUGACUGCCGCCUGCUCUGCGAUAACCAAACACGGUCAUUGGGUACCGACUAUGAAAGUUGCCAUGAACCUUGUGACUCCCAUCAACGUCGGGAAAUCAAGACCACCCCUGGACAAUUUGACCGAGGCACAAGAAAAAGAAAUGAGAGAUUCUUUGAAAGCAAUAUCUGUCUUGUAGAUAAUCAUAAUCAAUAUUCAUAUAUUUUUUUCUCCAAUGUCAUCGAAAGAGGCAUUUCUAUGACACUUAACAGUUAGCGAAAGGUGUUCUUUCUCUGCCUAGACAGGAAAAGUUUGUUGCUCUGCAACGUUCCAAACAAUAAAUUUGAAUUAUAUUGGUAAUCAAAUUGGUAAUUGAAAUUGACAAUGACUCUGGGUGAGCACAAAAUGAUUGAUCUUCAAGACUUUUCCCCAAUUUGAACAAAUUUGUAGAAAGGAUUAUAUUAUGUUUCACAGCAAAUUCUAUGUCAUGGCUGGUUUCCGAGCCUUGGCUACGCCUUGGUUAUGAAACGCCAGUUGCUGCAAUGAAUUUUGUGCUUUCCUACCUGGUAUAACUGAUGAAUAUUCUAUGAAAUAAUUGCUUUCAAUAUCUUUUAUUAUUCACCAUAAAAUAGUCUAUUUUAAUUCAUCCAUUAAUUUUUUUCCAAGAAUGGUGUUGUUUCGUUUUAUUUUUGAGCAAAUAUUUCAGUUGAUUUGAAUGAACAUAUUACAAAAUCUUGUUGGUCUACGCUCCUGCAGAUGAAGCAGGAUGUUUAAUGAAGUUCUCUGCAUUAUCUGAUAUCCGCUAAAAUAAUUAUAUUUCGAAAAGUUCAUGGAAUACAAGAAAAUUUAGUUUUUCGAGUUCACCACGCUCAAACAUGAAUUGAGAGCCCAUUCAAGAAUCUCUGGAAUAUUGAUAAAUGUUCGGAGAUAUUAACCUCGUUUCUUUUUUCUUGUCUGUCAUAAUUGAAAAGUAUUCAGAAUGUUGAGCUCUCAAUAUUUUUCAGCACAAAAACUAGACUCUUUUUGUUCAAUUUGAGAUUAUAUGGUACAAAUGUGACAUAAGUAGAGGCAUCAAAGUUGAGAAAUGUAUUAUUGUACAUACAGAAUAUUGAAUAAUAACACAAAAUACAAUCCAUUUAUAAUC